ACAAUCCCUGUAGUGAGGUGAUAUAUCAGAAAUGAAUCUGGUGAGAAAAUUUUAUAUAAAUCUAUGCAGAAAACAAGACGAUUGGUUGAAAAGAAAACAAGUUAAGUGGUCGUGUUUGAUGUGUGGAUGAACAUAUACACAACAAUCUAGAAGUACAACACAGCCCAAGCUUCAAUCUACAUUCAUUCCUUCAUUCCCACAGCUACUAAACCUACAACCUCUUACCCUCACCUAACCUAGGCACCUCAACCAAACCAGCUUCGGCUUCGGCUUCGGCUUCGGGCUCCCAAUACUGUUCCUUUGUUGCUUUAAUAAAGAUAUAAUUUUGAGUGCAGCGUUUUGAUUUGCUUAGUUUGGCUUAGGAAUUGGUUUUUAUCAAUGUUGAGCACCUCUACUCCUUCUUCUUACUCUGGGUUUUGUCGCUUCUUUCUUCCAAUUAAGCCAUCUCCCCGACCCCCCACCCUAAACCCCUUUCGGAUCUUCGAUUCUCGUCAACGCUCUCCAACCAACAAAUUGAGUAUUUCGUGCUUUAGGCAAGAACACCAUUCUCCGGAAACACCCAAGCCUGAAGUUAUAGAGCACUAUCUCCCCGAGGAAUUGGUGCAAUCUGAAUUCAAUCACACUAGUGUCGCUAAAAGUGACCGGAAAUCGAAUCUCCAGAAGACUGCGGAGUUAGUAUUCAAGGUAUUUGGCAGCCGAUGGGUUGUACCAUGGAGUGCACUGACGAUAUUGCAAGUGAUGCUUCUUUGGACAUCUGCGUUUUGGUUUAUAGGAACCUGGAUGAUUCCUUUUGCAGCUCAUGUAUCUGGUCUCAGCAAGGAAUCUUUGACAUUGAGAGGACAGGCACUGUUUAGUCUCAUCACUGAUGUAACUGAGGGACUUGCUGGGAUCGCGAUUCUUCUUCGCUGUCUUUCACGAUUUCGUCCCCUCCCACCCGACUGGUUCAAGUUCAGCUUGAAAGGGAAUUGGCAACUAGAUGUUAUCAUAGGGUGUCUCAUGUUUCCUUUUGUCAAUCGGCUCUCUCAAUUCAACCUGGAUCUACUACCUCUCUUGCCGUCUACCCCUGUCACCCUUUCAAGUGUUGAGCAAUCCAUAAGAUCAAGGGAUCCGGUGGCUAUGUUGUUAUAUGCAACUGUAGUAUCAGUUUGUGCUCCUGUGUGGGAGGAGAUAGUUUUCCGUGGUUUUCUACUUCCUUCUCUUACCAAAUACAUGCCAGUUUGGUGUGCAAUACUAGUUAGUUCAAUUGCCUUUGCACUUGCACAUUUUAAUAUACAGAGGAUGCUACCACUCAUAUUUCUUGGGAUGGUGAUGGGUGUCAUAUUUACAAGGUCAAGGAAUCUAUUGCCAUCAAUGUUAUUGCAUAGUCUGUGGAAUGCAUUUGUGUUCUUAGACUUGAUGAAAUAGCUUCUUGAGAGUUGACAGUAAUCAUGAUAUUUUAGCAAAGCUAGGACCCCAUAAUGUUAGUUGCUAUGCAGGCUAAUAGGAUGAUGCCGCCUUGUGCUUUGGAUCAGUGUCUUCAGAAGCAAAUGCUUACAAGUUACAAGAACAGAACGGUACCUCAUUCUUAAGGUAAACUGACAAAGUGCAUGUGCAAGGAGUAACAUGAGCUGGUGGGCUCUUACAAUUGUAUAUUACAGAAAUCAGUGCCCUUCUUUGUCCAUAUCUUUGAUGAAAUUAGUGGUAUUAUUUGAAAGCCAUUAUUCAAACCAUUCAUUUUAGAUAAAAUGAGGAUGGAAGACGGUUGUGUACUAUAUAAUGUCAAUUAACUCAUCUUUUGUUUUCUCUUUGGAAAAAUAAACCUCUAAUAAAACUAUUUUGGUCAUCAAAAGAUAAAA